AUGCCCUGGGUCCCGGCGUGGACCUGCCCCGCACCGCCAACGGCUCCCAGGUGCCGGCCGUCAGAGGCGAACCCGACGAGGAAGACCUACUGCACUUCGAGGUCGCCUACGAGGCGGCCGCCAACGAACUGCGUCUUCACGUGGACGUGUUGGCUCGCCCCGUGUACAGCCGCGGUGCGCCCGCGCCGAUCAACUUCGGCGCGCUGGGCGCCAUCGUGGGUCGCGAAGCUUACGCACGCGUUUGACCGAGAGGGUGCCCUGGUCGACGCCGUCGGCAAGCCCGACAUGUGGUGGUCUGUCGAAACGAAGAGGAAGUACGAGAUGCGCGAGCGCUGCUUCCUGGGCCAGCUGACGCGUCACGUGAACGACUCGACGACCGGCAAGCUCCUACGGCGCGUGGUGUCCGUCAGCUCGGGCCUGCGGCUCGCCUUCUUCGCGCACAAGGCCCACGAGCUGGAGAGCGGCAAGCACGAGACGCUGCGCGACAUGACCGCCAUGUCGGGCGACCAGCUGCUGUUCGCCAGCUUCUGCUACACGCACUGCCACAGCGUGGGCAAGCUGGGCGAGGUGCUCGACCUGCGCUUCGGUCGGCACACCCUCGGCGAGCUGCUCUGCAACGUGGCCGUCGCCAACAUGCUCGAGUUCUCCGAGGCAUUCGGGUGCUCCGACGACGCCAAGAUGACCGCCGCGGUCAAGUGCCGCAUCUGGUGACGAUGCCGCGGAGAAGCAGCGACGUCGGCGGCGUCGUGUCGCAGCCAUUGAGGUCCGCUGCUUUCGAGUCGGCGUGGCGACGCGAAACUAAUUUUAACUGUCCACAUCGCUCUUUCCCAUCUUCUCACGCAAAGUCGUCGACAUCUUCGUUUUCCGCUACUUCCACUGACGUCUAGUUUUUUUGUCCUUUCUAUAUUUCGCCCUUUAUUUGCUAUCAUGCGUUUAUUGUUUCGAUGAAAAUACGUCUUAUGACUGUGCA